GCAGUCACUGCUGGAUUUGGGUUGCUCCUUCUGAUUUGGAAAUGUCUUUGCUCCUUCGCCGCCACUGAGCGCUUGAUGCCACCGACUGGUCUCCAGAAAGCUAUUCAUGCCCAAGUUGUUCCCGCUGCCAUCAAGCCAUAGACCACUCCUGCCAGCCUAGACACAGGGGCUGGAUUGUUUUGGACUGUAGCCUACCUUGGACUACCUAUUCUGCCGCCCCAGGAUCAAUUUAGGGGCGCGAUAUUUUGGCGCUAACCCCCCAACGAAUUUGCGCCUUGAUUUAGCCAGACCCCCCCGACCCCCCCACCCGGCUCCCAGAUGUUGAACAUGAGCUCCGAGCAGGACCAGGCUCCUGAGGCACCCUGCAGCCCGGCGGGCACCGCUAGCUCCAUGUCCCACGUCUCUGACUCCGACUCCGACUCUCCGCUGUCCCCAGCCGGAUCGGACUCCCACAGAGCAGCGGGCAUCAACAAGAACGACCCCGAGGGGCCCUUGGAUGAGCGAUUCCCAGCCUGUAUCCGGGAGGCAGUGUCCCAGGUGCUGAAAGGCUAUGACUGGAGCUUGGUGCCCAUGCCAGUCCGGGGAUCCGGAUCCCUCAAAGCCAAACCCCACGUCAAGAGACCUAUGAACGCCUUUAUGGUUUGGGCACAGGCGGCUCGAAGGAAGCUGGCAGACCAGUACCCGCAUCUACACAACGCAGAGCUCAGCAAGACGCUGGGCAAACUCUGGCGCUUACUUAGUGAAACCGAGAAGCGUCCAUUUGUAGAAGAGGCCGAGAGACUCAGAGUGCAACACAAGAAAGAUCACCCAGACUAUAAGUAUCAACCACGCAGAAGGAAGAGCGUCAAAGCUGGACAAAGCGACUCCGAUUCUGGGGCCGAACUGGGACAUCACCCUGGCUCCCAACUGUACAAGUCCGACUCUGGCCUGGGAGGAAUGGGAGAUGGUCACCUUCAUGGAGAGCAUGCAGGUCAAAAUCAUGGUCCUCCAACUCCACCAACGACCCCCAAGACUGACUUGCACCAUGGUGGGAAGCAAGAACUGAAACAUGAAGGACGGAGACUGAUGGACAAUGGGCGUCAGAACAUCGACUUCAGUAACGUGGAUAUUAAUGAGUUGAGCAGUGAAGUCAUCAACAACAUUGAAGCCUUUGACGUCCAUGAAUUUGACCAGUACUUGCCUCUUAAUGGCCAUGGGGCUCUUUCAGCUGACCAUGGGCAGAAUCCUACUGUACCACCUUAUGCUGCAUCCUAUGCACACCCAGCUGGAGCUCCACAAGCACCUGUUUGGUCUCAUAAAAGUCCUUCAAAUUCAACCUCCUCUUCUGAGUCUGGUCAGCAAAGGCCACACAUCAAGACGGAGCAGUUAAGCCCUAGUCAUUACAGUGACCAAUCUCAUGGAUCCCCUACUCAUUCUGACUACAACUCCUACACAACCCAGGCUUGUGCCACCACUGUGUCCAGUUCCACAAUACCCAGUCCUUUCUCCAGCUCUCAAUGUGACUACACAGACCUCCCCAGUUCCAACUACUAUAACCCCUACUCUAGUUACCCAUCCAGUUUGUACCAGUAUCCUUACUUCCAUUCAUCUCGGCGCCCCUAUGCCACCCCAAUCCUCAACAGCUUGUCAAUCCCACCUUCCCACAGUCCCAACGCCAACUGGGAUCAGCCAGUCUACACAACCCUAACAAGGCCUUAAAAAAAACUCUGAACUUCUCAAACUGAGAACUAAUUAUGCCAUAGAUAUGUCUGGUUGUCAUGAAGUCUUCCAAGACAUGUGCACUAUAGACAGAAUGUACAGGUAGGAGGCGCUGUUCCAGUUCUUACGUAAGUGCCUGCUGAUAAAAAAAUGAGUUAAGAGCAUUUCCGUCUGACUUUUCAUGAGGAUUUUUUAAUUAAUAAAACGCUUUGAAUUUUGGACUCCGACACGACAUGCCAUGAAGGAUGAACCUCUGAUUUACUCAUGAGGACCUAAGAUUCUCUAGGCACAAUUUGGAGGCAUAUAAGCAAGUUUUGAUGAGAUACUGACCAAGCGAUGUCUCCAAUCAACCCACUUCUAACUAUUCCAUUUCAUUGAGUGCUGGGGCAAAGGGCCAGCCUGAGGUCAACUUUACACAGUCCCUUUGUUCUUCUCCAGACCUAAAGCUGUUCACAAAACAUCAAUAGACUUCCAAGUACAAAAACAAAAAAGUUCCAACUUCUCCAUGGUCACUUCAUUGUGUCUCAGGCUUGGACUACAUAUUGUCUAUUUCAGUGAAAUUUUAGGCAAAUUGUUUGGUUGUAAUUAACUUUUUUUGUUUUUCAAAUGUUCUUAUAGUUUUUGAGAUUUGUUAAAUAUAUAUAUAAAUAUAUUUAUGUUCCAUAUAUUAUAAGUGAUUUAAUGAUUUUAUUCAUUGAAACAAAUGUAGAAACGGGAGGAAAAAAAGAAUUAAGAGGGAAGGAAGAAAAUUUAGUAAUUGCCGGAGUUUUGAGGUUGUAAAUUAAAAAAUUGUAAUUCUGAACUUACAACAGGAUUUGUUGAAACCAGCAAAUGUAUAAUAGUAAUAGGGGUUGUUCUAUAAUGUUUCAAAAAAUUUGAGAAAUUGGUAAUUAUUUAUUAACCCCGACCAACAUGUUUAAAGAAUUUUUCUGAUUCACGUAGAUUACCAAGGAUCAGAGUCUUCCCAUUAAACUAAGACACUAAAAACCUCUCCCAUUUUAUUUUUUUCCUUAGUUUAUUACUAAUGUUUUUUUGUGCCCAUUUUAUUGUUCCUUUUCAUUGUAUGCUGAGCAUAUAAUAAUUUUUAUUUUAUUGUAACUUGUGCCUUUUUUAAGAUAUAAAAAAAAACACUUUGUAAAUUUGAAAAAAAAAUCUAGAAAUUAUUUUUGUCCUACAUUUUCUUACUUCUUUUCUAAAAAAACAAAUGUGUCUUCGGAUCGGAUUUUCACGUUUAUGCAUUUAAGAGAAAAUUCUUUGUCUUGGGCAAAUUCUAUUUUUCUGUUCGUGUGAACGAUUCCGUUCGUAUGUAUGUCGCUGAUAUUUUUGUUUUUCAUUAAGCAAAGCUAACUUUUGUAUAUGCUUCC